AAUCAAAACAUAACCUAACUCGUGGUUACCGUUGCCGAAAUGGCUACUUUAAUUUCGCGAUUAAGGCCGCUGAAAAAAAGAUUUGUGAGGAAAUACGAGUUCGCAAAACAGUUAACAGUUCCCAAGCGAGAUUAUGGCGACGAUCGGAGUGGUCCUUCAGUGGAUGUCACAUUCUCAAAUGGACGAACCUUGACGCUAUCAACAGGGAAAUAUGCUCGAUUUGCAAAUGGCACCGCUGUUUGCACUCAGGGCGACACAUCAGUAAUGGUUACAACAGUCGCGAAGCCCAAACCAUCUCCUGGAACGUCAUUUGUGCCACUUGUAGUGGACUAUCGUCUGAAAUCAGCAGCUUUCGGUCGAAUACCAACAAAUUUUUUUCGGCGAGAGCUCGGUCCUUCAGAAAAGGAAAUUCUAUCGGCCCGAUUGAUCGAUCGAUCCAUACGGCCUUUAUUUCCAAAUGGAUAUCGUUGUGAAACGCAGCUAAUAUGUAAUAUGUUGGCACUCGAUUCAGUUCACCCGCCCGAUGUGCUGUCGAUAAAUGCAGCUUCCGCUUCGUUGAGCCUAAGCGACAUACCGUGGAGAGGACCGGUGGCAGCAGUUCGUUUAGGUUUAUGCGACGACGAAGUGAUAGUUAAUCCCACACGAAGAGAAUUACAAUCUUCCAACUUGGAUUUGAUAGUGGCUGCAACCAAGCACAAUCUCGUUGUAAUGCUGGAAGGAAAAGGAAAUACCGUGCUCCUCCAAGAUCUCCUCAAAGCAAUCAAACAAGGAACAAAAGAAACUCAUAAUAUCAUAUCCAGCAUAGAACGGCUACAGAAAAUGUAUGGUAAAACGAAAAAGUCUAUCGAAAUCCCAUCGGAAGCACCUUCAGAAAUAACUGAGGCUGUGAAAACCAUGAGCGAAAUGCGCCUUAGAGAAAUCUUUCGAGAUUCUACUCACGAUAAAAUAAGUCGCGACAAUGCAGUGAAUGAAGUGCGUGCAAAUGUGGUUGAUAAAGUCUGGUCAAGUUAUCCCGAUGUAGAACCGGCGGUAAUUAACGAAGCCUUCAAUAAACACUGUAAGGAGAUUUUCCGCGGAUUAAUUUUUGAAGAGGAGAGACGGUGUGAUGGAAGAUCGUAUGAUGAUCUUAGGAAUAUAACAUGUCAAGUCGACAUACAUAAACCUUUGCAUGGUUCAGCACUUUUCCAACGCGGUCAAACACAAGUUUUCUGUACAGUUGCCUUAGAUUCUAUAGAAAGUGCUCUAAAAUUAGAUAUGCUUACCGCGCUUGAGAGCGGUGUGAAAGCAAAAAAUUUCUUCCUUCACUACGAGUUCCCUCCUUAUGCCACUGGUGAGGUAGGCCGAGUGGGACCGAUUGGUCGACGUGAGUUAGGACAUGGUGCUCUUGCCGAAAAAGGUUUGCGUCCAACAUUACCGAGUGACUAUCCAUUUGCCGUGAGAUUGACGUCUGAAGUUUUGGAGUCCAAUGGCUCGAGUUCCAUGGCAACUGUUUGCGGUGGCUCACUAGCAUUAAUGGAUGCAGGCGUUCCAAUUUCAUCUGCUGCAGCUGGAGUUGCCAUCGGACUGGUGACGAAAUAUGAAAAUGAUGAUACUAAACACCUCGAAGAUUAUCGGAUAUUAACGGAUAUUCUUGGUAUCGAGGAUUAUAUGGGUGAUAUGGAUAUGAAAGUUGCAGGUACCAGAAAAGGUUUCACCGCAAUUCAGUUGGAUUUGAAAAUUCCUGGCAUUCCUUUGAAAGUUGUUAUGGAAUCACUGCAAAAAGCAACAGACGCGAAAGGAAAAAUUUUGGAUAUAAUGAAGGAGUGUAUAAGAGAACCGAGAAAAAUCAAAAAAGAAUGCUGGCCGGUUUCUGAACGUCUUACCAUCGAACCUCAUCAACGGUCUCGUCUCAUCGGGCCUGGAGGUGUCAAUGUAAAGCGACUCUAUGUCGAAACAGGGGCACAUUUAACACAAGAUGAUGAGACCACAUUCACUCUUUUCGCUCCAUCUCAAUCAGCUAUGGACGAAGCCAAAGAAAAAAUAGAAGAGCUCAUCAGUUCAGAGCGUGUACCUGAUUUGGAUUUCGGAGCUAUUUAUACUGCCAAAAUAGUUGAAAUAAGAGACACCGGUGUGAUGGUCACCUUGUAUCCAAGCAUGCCCCCAACAUUGCUGCACAACUCACAAUUAGAUCAAAGAAAGAUCGCUCAUCCCAGCGCCUUGGGAUUAGAAGUAGGACAGGAAAUACAAGUGAAAUAUUUCGGAAGGGAUCCAGUUUCGGGAUUUAUGCGAUUGUCUAGGAAAGUAUUGCAAGGCCCGGCCACGUCUGUUGUUAGGAACUUGGACAGGUCGUCUACGCAGGCGGAAAACAGUGAUGCAGCGUGAAAAUGGUUAAUAGCAACUAGUCCUAAAUACAUAUAUGUAAGAAAACUUGAUUGUAUUUUCAUUUAUUUGUAAAGUAUUUUCAUUUGAUGAUUAUUAAGACUCCAACGCAAUAAGUUCAAUCGAACAAAAUUCAUCCGGAACGCCGGUUCAUAUAUAAAACUUCAGAUACAAUGAAUCAAAUUCAGAAAUCAUCUUUUCUUCCCCCUUUUUUUAUGACAAAUUAGGGGGGAUUUAGUAGA